AUGCAAUCUUUCAAGGCAGUCUUCUUUAAGCCGGAUCCCCAGGAACAAAAACGAAAAUGCGAUAGCAUCAUCCGUAAAAACGUGCGUGCCUUGGACCGGGACAUUACCAACCUGAAGAUCACGGAACAGAAAACGAGGACAUUGAUAUUGAAUGCCGCAAAGAGGGGACAGAAAAACCCGUCCCAGGCGAAACAGGGCGCCGACGAAGCACGAAUAUUUGCUAGGGAAUUGAUCAAAGUGCGGAAGCAGUCCGGAAGACUACACACCAGCAAGGCGCAGUUGCAAAGCGUGCAGAUGCAAGUGAACGAGGCGUUUUCGGUCCGGAAGAUCGAAGGCAGUCUGAAGGCCAGCACUCGGAUCAUGAAAGAUGUCAACACGUUGAUCAGGUUACCAGAGUUGACCGGCACCAUGCAAGAGCUGAGCCAGGAAUUGAUGAAGGCAGGCAUCAUCGAAGAGAUGGUCGGUGAUGCUCUGCCCAAUGACGAGCUGCUAGAGGGAGAGGACGAGGAAGCAGAGACAGAAGUCGACAAGGUCCUGGGCGAGGUCUUGAAAGGAAGGCUGGGAACUCCCGAGCAGCAAGUUCCACAACUCCCAGUGGAAGCGGAGGAAGAGGAACCGGAAGAGGACCGAGAAGCAGAACUGGAGCAAAUGCGAGGGAGACUCGAGGCGUUGAAGAGCUGA